CCCUAAAUCAUUUCCCGGCUUUUCUUAGGAAUCCCGUGAAUGUUCACAAGCAUAGUAAACCAUUGCAUUUUUGUUGUUUCGAAGCGAUUAAUAUUUUUGAUUAACCAAUCAAAAUAUAUGUUGUGUGUAUUGUAAACUGUAAAAGAUGGAUUUACCAUUCAAGACAGAAUAUGCAAAGAGUGGUCGAUCAUCCUGCAAAGGAUGCAAGACAUCUAUUGGUCAGGGUUCUUUGCGACUUGCUGCCAUGGUUCAGAGUCCCCAUUUUGAUGGUAAAGUGCCAAUGUGGUUUCAUAUGAGCUGCUUUUUCAAGAAACAGAGACCUAAAACUGUUGAUGACAUUGAAAAAUUCGAAACUCUAAGAAUUGAAGAUCAAGAAAAAAUAAAAGAGCAAGUUUCUAAGCUUGGCUCAAUAGUUGUCCCUGAGCCCAAGAAGGGAAAAGGUAAAAAACGUGCAGGAGAGUCUUCCAGUAACCCCGCAUUAAAGGACUUCGUCAUCGAGUACUCGAAGUCCAGUAGGGCAGUUUGUCGCGGAUGUGAACAGAAAAUUUUCAAAGAUGAAGUGCGCGUUUCAAAAAAGGAUUUCGAAAGUGAUGUUGGCAUGCGCUAUGGUGGCCAAGAUAAGUGGCAUCAUUUGACAUGUUUUGCAAAAAUGCGUUCAGAAUUGGGCUACUUUGAAGCGGCGGACAAAUUGCCUGGUUUCAAGGCAUUGAGUAAAAAUGAUCAGCAGGAGGCACUUAAACAGCUCCCCGCAAUCAAGCAGGAAGACGCGCCGGAAGUGAAAAAGAUAAAGAAGGAAGAGGAUGAUCCUGAAAAGGCAGCAAUUGAAAAGCUGUUUAAGGAACAAAAUAAGUUGUUUUACAAGAACAGAGACAAAUUGGCAGCGUUGGAAAAAAAGAAGUUGGCCCUGAUAUUUGAAAGUUGUAAUCUACGUGUACCUUCAGGUAUAGAUUCGAUGCUAGAUCAAUUGGCUGACUACAUUACGUUUGGUGUACCAGAAUUGUGUGAUGUAUGCAAAGACGGGACGUUUGUCUACUCCCGCGAAGGAUACAAAUGUACUGGUGAUUUAACUGAGUGGACUAAAUGCACAAAUGUGGUCAAGGAACCAAAACGACAUGCAUUAACAAUACCAGAUGAAUUAAAAGAAGAAUCAUCGCUGCUGAAGAAGUAUAAGUAUGUGAAGAGGACCAGAGUUAUCAAGGACUUUAGGCCUACAGUUGCCGUAAAAAAAGAAGAUGAAGUGGACGCACCGCCAAAAGUGGAACGUGAACGCCCGGCUCUUUAUGAGAUGGAAUUCGUUCUCAUCGGUUAUUCAAAGGAUGAAAAGGAAGUCCUCAAGAAUAAAAUUACAAAGUUAGGUGGAAAAGUGGGAACGAAAAUCGGAGACAAUGUAAUGGCUGUAAUAGCAACCAAAGAUACUGUUGAAAAGAAAGGCUCCAGAAUUCAGGAGGCGGAAUCUUGUCAAGUACAUGUGGUCUCUGAGGAUUUUAUUGAUGAGGCAUCCAAGAAUUCUGGCAAAAUACCAGAUCUAGUUAUCAGCAAGAGUUUAUGCAACUGGGGAUCUGAUCCCACGAAACGAUUACCUGCCGAACCCACAACUAGUUACAAAUCUAAAUCGAAAUCACGAAGCCAAUUUACAAGCAACAUGCCCAGUAAGGUCAAAUUGAAACUGGUUGGAGGUACUGCAGUCGACCCAGACUCUAAUUUGGAAGACGUCGCUCAUGUAUACCAAAAGAACGGUGAAAAAUAUACUGUUGUAUUAGGAAUUACCGACAUAGUUUCAAAGAAAAACAGUUAUUACAAACUUCAAUUGCUUGAAUCCAAUACAAAGAACAAGUUCUGGGUGUUUAGGUCCUGGGGUCGAAUUGGAACAACCAUCGGAAAUAAUAAGCUUGAAAAUUGUGAAUCAUUGCAUAGUGCAAAAUCUCUAUUUGAGUCGUUGUAUGAAGAGAAAUCCGGAAAUCCUUGGGGAGGCCGCCACUGCUUUGUCAAAGUACCUGGAAGAAUGUAUCCUAUAGACGUAGACUAUGGAGACAACGCUGACAUAAAUUUGGACAUUGUAGAAUCUGAUUCUAAUCUCAAAAAACCUGUACAAGAUCUGAUCAAAUUGAUAUUUGAUGUGAAACAAAUGAAAAAUCUCAUGAUGGAAUUUGAACUUGAUACAGAGAAAAUGCCUCUGGGUAAACUAAGUAAAUCUCAAAUUCAGAACGCUUAUGAGGUUCUUAAUGAGCUACAAGGUCUCAUUGAUGAUAAUAUUACCACAGAAGCCCGGUUCAUUGAUGCAACCAAUAGGUUUUAUACUUUCAUACCACAUUCAUUUGGUAUUGAAAACCCUCCACUUCUAAAAGAUAAAGAAACUAUUCAGAAAAAACUCGAAAUGCUGGACAGUUUAAUGGAACUCGAAGUGGCCUACAACCUAAUGAAGUCUACCGAUGGCGAACACACAGUUGACACCUACUACUCGCAAUUGAAGACAGACAUCGACAUUCUGGAACGGGAUUCGGAAGAAUUCAAAAUCAUUCAGGAAUACGUCAGGAACACCCACGCCGAGACUCACAGGAGCUACGAGCUGGACAUCGAGGAUGUGUACACUGUUAAAAGACACGGCGAGGAUAAACGAUUUAAACCGUUUAAGAAGUUGCACAACCGCAAACUAUUGUGGCACGGUUCACGUGUCACCAAUUUCGCCGGCAUUUUGUCACAGGGCUUGAGAAUCGCGCCCCCGGAAGCUCCCGUCACCGGUUACAUGUUCGGCAAAGGUAUAUAUUUUGCGGACAUGGUGUCCAAAUCUGCGAACUACUGUUGCACCAGCCCGAACAAUCCGACCGGUUUGCUUCUGUUGUGCGACGUUGCCCUUGGAAAUAUGUACGAGCGUAAAGAAGCGGACUACAUUGAAAAACUUCCAAAAGGAAAGCACAGUUGCAAAGGUGUGGGUCGCACUGAACCUGAUCCUAAGGUUGUUAAAAAUAUAGAUGGUAUUGAAGUUCCACUGGGCAAGGGCAAAGUGAUGUCUGAUAGAGAAUCUUCACUUUUGUACAAUGAAUACAUUGUCUAUGAUGUUGCCCAAGUUAAUGUCAAAUAUCUCUUGAAACUUAAGUUUAACUACAAAUAUUAAUAAUCUCGUUAAAUUAUAGAGUUGUUAUGUACCUCUAAGCAUUCACAGUAUGUGUUAUUUUUUCGUUUAUAUGUGUGUACUUUAAUUAUUUUUUUAUAUAAUAAAAUAUAUAUUCGCUUUA